GCCCUUAUUCAUAAAAUGACGUAUUUCCUGCACUGUCAUGCAGCUUGUAAUGUUUUGCGGGAACAGACUUGUUCAGAAUCAAAUAUGACAUUCAAUUUUCAGUAUAUCAUAUAGAUAUAUAUGUAAUCCCCCGUCUGUUAUUUUGUUACGAGGUAUCAUCAAUUCGCUGCUGUUCGUGUUGACUGUCUUCCCUCCCUCCUCAGUCGGGUAAACAAACAAGGUGUCAACAUGAGCAAGGCAAAGUCGAGUAGGGACAGAAGGAACGCUCCGCCCAGCAUCACCAGGGUGACCCGCAGUUCCAUCAACCCUCAGGACUCUCAGCGCACUAAACCUACAGAUUCAGGCCUUGUCAAUGAUCUCAGCCUAAUGAGCGUGAGUGAACAGCAGGCCUUGUUAGCACGGGAAGGGAAGUCCUACCAGAGUCCCAGCACCAAGUCUGUUCUCUCCUCAUCCUCUGGCAGCUCUAUGCCUCACAAAGCUUUGGGAACUAUCGGCAGGCUGAUGAAGAUCGGACGGGUGCGAAACAUUGUGGUGGUUGCUGGAGCAGGAAUCAGCACAGCCAGCGGUAUACCAGACUUCAGGACACCAGGGACGGGUCUUUAUGCAAACCUUGCGAAGUAUGACAUCCCUUACCCAGAGGCCAUCUUUAACAUUGACUACUUCUCUGACAACCCUCAUCCUUUCUUCUCAUUGGCUAAAGAGCUGUACCCUGGACACCACCGUCCAAACUACGUUCACUAUUUCAUCCGUAUGCUGCAUCAGAAGGGCCUGUUGCUUCGCAUGUACACUCAGAACAUCGAUGGACUUGAAAAGCUGUGCGGUAUCCCAGAUGACAAACUUGUGGAGGCUCAUGGGAGUUUCGCCACUGCUGCUUGUCACCUCUGCUAUACGCCAUAUCCUGCAGAGGAAGCCAAGCAAGCUAUAAUGAACGGCAAUGUGCCCAUCUGUACUUUUUGCGCUGGGGCAGUUAAACCUAAUGUUGUAUUCUUUGGAGAGGAUCUACCAGAAAAAUACUUUCAACAUGCUGAAGAUUUCCCAAAAGCUGACCUUCUCAUGAUCAUGGGCACUUCUUUAAAGAUCGAGCCCUUCGCCAGCCUGAUUAACACCGUAAAGUCCACAGUGCCUCGUCUGCUGCUCAACCGUGAUCCGGUCGGGCCCUUUGAACGGAGGCCCCUGAGGAGGGGUGACUAUAUGGAGCUGGGAGAUCUCUCUGAUUCUGUCCGAAAACUUGCAGAGAUCCUGGGGUGGCAUACUGAGAUCCAAGACCUGAUGAACAGCCAUGAAAAUGGUGUUUGUUCUUAUACUGACCCCAGUAGUAGCAGCGGUGAGAUCAGUGACUCCUCUGAGACCGACAGCAUGCAUUAAUAUCAUCCAUAGAGAUGCUCUGCAUGUUUAAAAUAUCCUUGGGUAUGGAAUGGAGACCUGGCAAGGGUUCAAGAUGCACAUUUGUUUAUCUAACUCAAUACAUCUGAAUGUUUUAUCUCAGUGUUCUUACAGUAUUCAACAGCCAGUUUUACUGUAUUUGUAGCGGUGUCUUUUUCUGACCAGAUGAACACCAGCCA